AUGAAGGAUGACGAGAUCGAGGAGGAAGACGACAACUAUGGGAUUUACAGUCUGGGCAAAGGGCAGGCUGAGCCAUAUGUUGUUGAUGUACUGGUGAGCAAUGAAAGUCUAAAUAUGGAAGUAGAUACUGGUGCUGCAGUUAGUGUAAUGAAUAAGGAUACAUAUACAUUAUUGAAGAAAAAACACCCAAACCUAGAGCUGAAGGAAUCAAAGGUAAGACUAAAUACCUAUACGGGAGAGCAAGUUAACGUUUUGGGUCAGCUGGAGACUUCGGUGAAGUAUGAAGAUCAAGAAGGCGUAUGGUCUUUACUAGUCAUAACGGGGAAGGGCCCUAACUUGAUUGGCAGAAAUUGGCUCCAAAAGAUUAAAAUAAAUUGGAAGAAUAUAUUUCAGUUAAAAGAGGACAAGAAUACCUCAGUCAAAGUUAAUAAGUUACUUGAGAAGUAUGAGAAAGUGUUUCAUGAAGAGUUAGGAACAUUUUCUGGUUCCAAAGCCAAAAUAUAUGUGGCUGAGGAUGCAAGUCCAAAGUAUUACAAGGCAAGACCUGUUCCCUAUGCAUUGAGGGAAAAAGUAGAAAAGGAGUUAGAAAGAUUCCAAGAAGAGGGAACUAUAGAGCCUGUCCAGUUUGCAGAUUUGGCAGCCCCAAUCGUACCAAUCGUUAAGGAUGAUAAGUCGAUAAGAAUUUGUGGGGAUUAUAAAGUAACUGUAAACCAAGCUGCAAAGUUAGACAAUUACCCGAUUCUCAAGGCAGAAGAUCUUUUUGCCACUUUAAGUGGUGGCGAGAAAUUCACCAAUCUGGAUAUGAGUCAAGCCUAUCAACAAAUCUUAUUGGAGGAUGAAUAA